CCCACGAUCCGAUGAUGACUCCCAGGUGACUGUUUGGUGACUGAUGUUCAAGUUGUUGCACCCUGCUAGCAAGCACCUGAACAUUCAGGCUCAUUUCAGAUACAUCCCAAGACGUCUAUUAUCGAUGUCUCUUACAUCUCCCGAUGCAUUCUCAGUCGAGAAACAGGUUGCGAUUGCAGCAGUACGGAGAGCAUGUCUGGUGACUUGCACUGUGUUCAAUCAGUUAGUCCGAGACAGAACGGAUACCCUCGAGAAGGAAGACGAAUCACCAGUCACAGUCGGAGAUUAUGCCGCACAAGCGGUUAUCAAUACUAUCUUGAGGAAUGCAUUCCCCGAAGAUCCUAUCGUCGGCGAGGAGGGUGCAGAUGCUCUCCGGCAAGUGUCAAAUACUAGACUGCGGGAACGAGUAGUUUCCCUGGCUACCAACGCAUUGCAGGAAGAUCUCAUCGACGGGGAGAAAGCGCAAUGGGGCUUGGUUCUCAACACGAAUGAAGGAAACGAUAAAGGUGGUCCAAAUAAACGCAUGUGGACAGUUGACCCUAUCGAUGGAACGAAAGGCUUCUUACGAGGCGGCCAGUAUGCCGUCUGUCUCUCCCUCAUUGUGAAUAGCCAGGUUGUGCUGGGCGUCAUCGGAUGUCCAAAUAUACAAAUACACCCUGCAAACCCUGAUGAAGGGAAGGGCUGUAUAUUUGUUGCUGUCCGAGGACAAGGCGCCUUUCAGAUCGCCUUGUCUGGCACUGGUGCGAUUAAACUCCCUUACUUUCUUCCAGAGAAGUCAUACGUCCUACAAUCGGAAGAAUUAAAGCACACUAAUAUACCAUUGAUUCGACGGGUUUCCGACGAACUCCACCUCACUGAAUGGGGAAUGGACAGCCAGGCCAAAUAUUGUUGUCUUGCCAGAGGAGAGGGCGCAGUGUAUCUUCGCAUGCCGGCGUCUACUGUUGGUGGUAAACGGCCUUACGAGGAGCGAAUUUGGGAUCAUGCCCCUGGAAGCAUUCUCGUUGAGGAGGCGGGUGGCAAAAUCACAGACUCUGAGGGCGCUCCACUCCGGUUUGGACUUGGCAGGGGAAUGGGAGAAAAUCGUGGCUUUGUGGCCACAGUUGAUGAGGAACUUCACGGGCGAGUGGUAUCAGCUAUCAAGCGGGCUCAAUUCACGGAGCAUGCUGAAAAUACACCUCAAAGAUGAGGUACCACCUUGUCGUGUAUCAGACGCUGGUACAGCAUUUGGUUCCCUGCAUACCUCCUAUUCGGACAACUAGUAGAAGUUUGUCAAGCCGGGCGUUAGCUGAAGGAGUUGGUGUUCUUCGGUCGCCUUCUGAAGGCAACCAAUCUAGUACCCUCUCCAUACUGCUUCCCACAGAUGAAUUAAAACAUUCUAUUGGAAAUUUCCGUUGCACUCUGGCACAGGGCGAUGCUUGGCGCUUAACAUCUAGUUGACUGUUAGUGCUCGUUUCGACCAGCUGAUCCGUCCAAUCUCUUGACCAAACACUCUGCCGAGACUCAAGCGUCUACGAUUACGCCACAUUUGAUCAUUUUGAGUGUUCAGCGCGCGUUAUGACUAAUUAAGGGACGUGUGAACAGAUGGAAUCAAAUCGAAAGCGGUG